UAAUGGUCAGCUAAUACGUAAAAUAACUAUUCAGACGUUGUAAGAUCUGACAUGUAUCAGUAACGCCUGGGCAGAGGUAUACAAGAAGAACGCGCAAACCGUUUUGUUUUGACCUUCCAAAGAUGGCGUACAUCGAUCUACUUUACGGCUUUUGCGACUGAUGACGCAUUGACGCAGCGCCGUCCCCACCAUACAUUCAGUUCAAGUAUGAAAACAAUAAACAACCCUGAGAAACGGGAGAUAUGCAAGAAGAUCUGUCGUCCAGUUUCGACAGAAAUACAGCUAAAAGAUUAACUGGAACAACCAUAGACAAGUUGAAAGUUCUGUACAACGACGUUGGACUCAUCGGUCCUGACAAAGGAUUUCCGAGAGACGGCUUUCCCUUAGCCCCUUCUAGCUAGCCAUGUAGCUUGUUCUUCGUUAGUACACUUUGCUUUCUUUGUUAUGCAGUUGCCAGAGGACUGUUUUCGCAUUCGUUUUCCUCCAUCUCUUCGCUCCCUCACCCUGAACUUGCUGGCCAUAUGUCUCGCUGGCUUUUCCCCUGGUCAGGCUCAAUCAAGAAGCGGGCCUGUCGGUACCUCUUACAGCAUUACCUCGGUCACUUCUUGCAAGAACGACUGAGUUUGGAACAGUUAAGUUUGGACCUGUACAAUGGUAGUGGUGUCAUCAAAGAAAUCAACAUCGACGUUUGGGCAGUCAACGAACUCUUGGAGUCUCUUGGGGCUCCAUUUGAGAUUGUGGAUGGGUUUGUGAGCAGCAUAGAGGUGACAAUUCCCUGGUCAGCUCUUGUCACCGACCACUGCACCCUCGUCAUCUCAGGCCUUCAGAUAACAUGCAGACCCAAGUACAGGAGCAGUGGGGGGUUGGACUCCCAGGGUUGGUCCACAUGCAUGACCUCCAGCAUGCAGCUGGCCCAGGAGUGUCUAAAGGACCCCCCUGAGGCGUCAGAGGAGCCGCCCGCUCCACUGGAGGGCCUGGAGAUGUUUGCACAAACUAUUGAGACUGUCCUGCGUCGGAUCAAAGUCACCCUCCUGGACACCAUCGUCCGGAUAGAGCACCAGCGCCUGGACAUAGAGACGGGCAUUGCCUUAGAGGUGCACAUCAAACGGCUGGAGUACUGUGACGAGGCAGUGAGGGACCCCAGCCAGACGGUGCCUGUAGACAUCCACCAGCCGCCUGCCUUCCUGCACAAGAUCCUCCAGCUCAGCUCUGUUCAACUGCUGUACGAGACCACUGGAGGGCCCCAGGGUCCUUUAAGAGCAGACACCCCUGCCUCAGCCUCAGCCAGCGAAGAGGAGGAGGAGGAGGGUGGUGAAGAUAAUGAGGAGGAGGGUGGUGAGGAGGAGGAGGAGGAGGAGGAGGGUGGUGGUGAGGAGGAGGAAGGUGACCCUCCAGCCGCCCAGCAGCCCCUCCUCAUCGGCAGCUGCUCUGGCUUCAUGGAGACCACGGUCAAGAUCAAACAGAACGACAUGCUGCCUGGACCUAAGUUGGAGCUGGAUGGGAAGGUGGGAUGCCUCCACCUGCUUCUCUCCCCAGACCAGAUCACUCACCUGACCGACCUUCUGUCUGCCCUCUGCAUCGACACAGAGCCUAAGCCCAGUGGUGCUGGGGUUCACAGCCGUCCCCUGGACUCUGAGGACUUGCGUCUGAUAGAGGAGGACUUGAGCAAACAGUUGAGCUCCAGCCCCGGAGAUAGAGAUCCGGACUGGGACGAAGAGCCUGACAUGGAGCCCUACCUCACCGGUCUGGAGAACGGGGAUAUGUUCUUCUCCAUGGGUCCUGGUAUGACUAGCAGUGUGACGUCCACGCGCUCUCUCUCCGACAGCAUGGCGUCGUCUACACACAGCCAGGCUAGCUACGCCCAGGGCUUACCACAGGGUCCCAGGCGUUAUCCUGUACCAGGAUCACUAUCCAGCCUGCCCCAGUGUAGCAGAAUACCAGGGCGAAGUAGCCAAUCAGAGCCACUGAAGCCAGAGGUGUUGCUCCGCCUCUCGCUUGGCGGGCUCACCCUAACCCUACUGGAGCAGGACCCGCCCCCCGGGCUGGACACAGCUUCCUCAUUAGCCCAGGUGUCUCAGGUGUUCUUCCGGGAGCUGGCCUUCUUCAAAGACAGCAUGUUCAGCGAGAGAGACUUCCACCACCUCAGAGCUAGCUUUGCUAAAGCCUGCCCCCACUCACACCUCAGGAUGACUGGAGCAGCGGUACAGGUGGCGUGUGAGAUGCGCAGUGCAGGUCGCCACUCUCGUGCUGUGACCUCUGACCUGUCCUUCAGUAGGCUAGAGCUGCUUGAGUGUCUCUGGGAGCCAGGAAAGCCCCAAUACACUGAGUUGCUCCACUUCCAGCGUGCUGGAAUGUUCACAGUGGGAGCUACAGCCAGACCCUGUGCACAGCUACACUACAGUCUCACAGAGAAACACCUGCGCAAGGGGAGGCAGCGUGUGCUGCGUAGAGACAGUGUAGUGAGGGUAGAGUUGGGAGAGCUGAGUGCUGAGUUGGACCUGGACAUACUGAGUCGACUGGAGCCUCUGAGCAGAGCCUGCAGCCACUGUCCCACACAGACAGGAGGAGGACCCAUCCACACACAGACCCAGAGCAGUGAGCUGCACUCCUCUCUCUCCCUCCUCUCGCCCCACGCCAUCCUCAAGCUCCGCUUCCCCAUCCCGGACCUCCGGCCGUACCCCCUCCGACGCCCGCCUUCCCAGAGGGCUGUGCGGCAAGAGAACCUGGUGCUGGAGCUGUGUGACCUGGAUAUCCGCUCCCAGGAGGGCCCUGACCUACAACCGGAUCCCCAUGCACCCCCUGGCCCCUCCCAUGGCUCCCUCACACAGCUACUGGAGGCCAGCUUCAGUGACAUGCACGGAACGUAUGAGGGCUGGGAGGGAGGCUCCUUCCCCUGUAUCAGAGUCAAGAAGAGUCAAGACUCCAUGGCCAAGCUGUCAGUGCGUGUGAGUGGAGGAGAGGGUCUGGGGUCAGGGUUAGGGGGGGUAGGGGUGGGUCUGAUGAGAGACCUGGGGUCCAUGUCGUUUGAGAACCCCUGUGAACUCCGAGAGAAGACCAGCUCUCCCUUCUCCUCCAACCGCACCAUGUUCGAGACUGAAGAGAUGGUGAUCCCAGCAGACCCAGAGGAGAUGCAACACUUCCAGUCUCAGUGUGUGUCUCAGUGUGUAGUAGACGUCUCUCUGCCCCUGGCCUACAUCUUCCUGCCCAGCAAACAGGCCUUCCAGAGUGUCUACAACAGGAUCAAUAAUGACCUGUUGAUGUGGGAAGCCCCUCCCCCCUCAGACCCUAAGAGCGACCACAGCCCCCAACACCGUCGCCAAGACAAUGACUAUUUCCAUCUUUGCAAGUCUGCCUUCAAACUAGACUCAGACUCCGAGGAGGAAGAUGCUCAGUUCUACACAGACAGUGUAUCGGCUAGAUGCGGGCAGUCGGAGCCGCGCCCUAACCACGAUCUCAGCCUGCUCUCCCUCACCAUCGUCAUAGGGAAGGGCCGCCUCCAAGCCAUGACGGACAGCAAGGGAGAGACAGGAAGUCAGGAGGACCGGUGUCACGGGGAGCUCAUGUUGGACCUGGAAGGGGGAAAGAUGUUCAGCGUGGUGCAGCAUCAGAACAACCCCCAUCUCAGCUUCCUGUGCUUGGAGAGCAGGAGGGUGGAGCUUUACCACAAAGCUGUAGUGAAAGACUCCCCCGUCCCUAGGCGGUUAGAAAUGCCCAGCUUCACUCCCCCAGGACAUCUGGACCCUACCAUUUACCCCACAGAGGUGGGGGUGAGCAGUGUGAAAGGCAGGGAGACUGAGGUCCACAUGUUAUCCACGGCUUUCAAAAUAACCCUGGACCCUCAGAGGAACGUCAAGGAGUUCCUGGUCGCCCUUCGUCUCCAUGGCGCCACUAUGCGACAUCAGAUGGCACAGACCAAUCACAGCUGGCACGAACAGCUGGUUGAUUUUCUGGAUGUCAUUGAUGACCCGAUCCUGGGCUACUCAUCUCCUGCAGUUAUUACCGUCCUACACACACACCUGGCCACCUGUGCCGUGGACUACAGGCCCUUGUAUCUUCCAUUGAGGGUGUUGUUCACAGCAGAAUCCUUCUCUCUGUCGAGUAACAUCAUCGUAGACACUGCCACCUUUCACCUCAGGUUUAUCCUGGAUGACUCUGCACUGUAUCUCUCUGAUAAAUGUGAAAGUGAUGUUGUGGACCUGAGACGAGACUAUGUAUGUGUUCUGGACAUUGAUCUGCUGGAGCUGGCCAUUACCACAUGGAAAGGCAGUGAUACAGGGAAACUGUCCCAGCCUCUGUUUGAGCUGCGUUGCUCCAACAACGUGGUCCACCUCCACACCUGUGCUGACUCCUGUGCUGCCCUGGUCAACAUGUUGCAGUACCUGGUCUCCCAGGGAGACCUGCACCCACCCCCCCGACACACAUCACCCACUGAGAUCGCUGGACAGAAACUGCCGUUGUCAGAAAGUCCCGCCUCCUUGCCACCCUGCCCUCCAGCUGAGACUGCUGAGAUCAACCAGUGCGAUCUCCUUGAUGCUUUGAUUGACACCGAGAGGAGCCAUCCAGAUGAGGAUAUGGACUCGGGUUCUCCCACAGUCCCGCGGGGCUCACCUGUCUCUGUCUACCUGUUCCCCGGGGAGGCUCCCAAGCUCCCCCCACCUGUUGUCAUUGACGGGGAGGAAUCAGAGCUUGACGGACUGGUGGUGACAGCCACUGAGGUGCAGGCGGAUAUGAUGUCAGAGGAGGGCUCUGAGGGUUCAGAGGACAACGAGGACUUCUGCAUCCUAGAGGCUCCUGGGAUGGGUAUACCUCCCAGAGACGGGGAGCCCCUGGUAACGGUGCUAACUGAGGGUCCUAUCAGGGUGAGGGAGGGCCACUUCUCCCGACCGCGGGGCAGCUCUGACCUGCUGCGGGCCCCCAGCCACUUCCCUGUCCCCCAGAGCAGGGUGGUGCUACGAGAGGUGUCUGUUGUCUGGCAUCUGUACGGAGGGAGAGAUUUCGGGGGCAAGGCCAUGUCUACACACACGCAGCAUGGAAACAGGGGUCGCUCUGCCCCCUCUGGGAUGCGUGGGUCCCCGUCCCGCUCCGCUGCUCCGUCACGGCCUCAGAAUUCUUGGCGUUGGGCUGGAGGUGGUGGACGACAACACAACCUGCUCAUGGAGAUCCAGCUCACCAAGGUGAGCUUCCAGCACGAGUCGUAUCCGGUGGUGGUGUCUGCGGCUGGGCCGUGUCAGGAGGGAGGGGUGCCUGGGGUGGGGGUUGGCGCGGUGGGCGAGCAGCCUCUGUCCCGCCAGGUGUUCAUCGUUCAGGAGCUGGAGAUACGCGACCGCCUGGCCUCAUCCCAGCUCAACAAGUUCCUCUACCUGUACACAAGCGAGAGCAUGCCUCGCAGAGCACACUCCAACAUGUUAACAGUGAAGGCCCUGCAGGUGUGUCCAGACUCAGGUGUAGGUGGUCCAGAGUGUUGUUUAAGAAUCAGCCUCCUCCCCCUCCGACUCAACAUCGACCAGGAUGCCUUGUUCUUCCUGAAGGAUUUCUUCAGUAGUCUGGCUGCUGGAGUUAACCCCUACCUGCCUAUGGAUCCUGCAGCUGAGGUAAAGACAGACCCUUCUCAGAAGCCCACUGAAGAUGGGGUCAUUGGCACAGAGACCACAUCUGGUCUGGGUCCUGACCUCACUGCUUCUGUAGAAACCACCUAUAGUGAGCAGAGCUCCUCGUCCGCUGGCUCCACCUCUUCCACUGAUCAGCCAAUCUACUUCCGGGAGUUCCGUUUCACCUCUGAAGUCCCCAUCUGGCUUGACUACCAGGGCAAGCAUGUGGUCAUUGAGCAGGGAACGUUUGCAGGGAUUCUUAUUGGUCUGGCCCAGCUGAAUUGCUCUGAACUGAAGCUGAAGAGACUCUGCUGCCGACAUGGACUUCUAGGUGUAGAUAAGGUGAUUCAGUACGCUGUCACUGAGUGGCUGACAGACAUCAGAAAGAACCAGCUGCCGGGCAUUCUGGGAGGUGUAGGCCCCAUGCACUCUGUAGUUCAGCUGUUCCAUGGAGUGAGGGACUUGUUCUGGAUGCCCAUAGAGCAGUACAGGCGGGACGGCCGCAUUAUCCGGGGUCUUCAGCGGGGGGCAGCAUCCUUCGGUACCUCCACUGCCUCUGCUGCUCUGGAGCUCAGCAACAGACUGGUGCAGGCCAUACAGGCCACAGCGGAGACUGUGUAUGACAUCCUAUCCCCAACGCCCCCCCUGAACCGUUACAUCACAGAGGGCCGGCCGCCCUCCAACCAGCCCCGCCGCGCCCACCAGCCGGCCGACCUCAGAGAGGGCGUGGCUAAGGCCUAUGACACUGUCAGAGAGGGUAUGAUGGACACAGCUCAAACACUAUGUGAUGUGGCGUCUCGCGGGCAUGAGCAGAAAGGUCUGCCUGGUGCUGUGGGCGGAGUCCUGCGGCAGAUCCCGCCCACCGUCGUCCGUCCCUUAAUAGUGGCGUCCGAGGCAACGUCCAACCUACUGGGGGGCAUGCGGAACCAGAUCAAGCCAGAUGCACGGAAGGAGGACUUCUUAAAAUGGCGCUCCGACGAAGGCCAAGAGUGAUGAUUCUGGUGGUGGCUGGGUUAAAGGUUAAGGAUAUGGUGGUGAAGUUAUGUGGCUGAACCGAUGAAGGGAGUGAAUGUGUGAGUGAGUUUAAUGCAAAAAAAACUAACUACUGCGGAGUGAUUGACACCCAGUAUUUUAUGUGGCUCCAGAUGGAUUGAGAUACAUUUUUUGUUUUCUUUCUUCAACGCAAUCAAAUAGUUCAGUUCACUCUCCUUGCAGCAGUAUGUACAUGAUGCAGAUACUCUACCUUUUAUUAGUACGUAAACAUAUCACUGUCAUUCUGGGUUGACUUCUUGUUUAGCUGUCAACGCUGACAAAGGGCAUACAGGGCUCUAGUCUAGUAUAAGGUCUGUAGUAGGUGGGAUUAAAUGUGUUAAUCAGUAGCUCUCCCAGUCUUCAGUUGAUCAGACUAUGGGCCGGUUUCCCAGAUUGAGAUUAAACCUAUUCCUGGACUGAAAAGCACCUUGAAUGGCGAUCCUUAAUUGAGCAUGCAUUUUAGGAGUAGGCUUAAUCUGAGUCCGGGAACUCAUUCUAUUGGAGGGUAACAUCCUCUAUUCCUUUGAGAUUUGGAUGGAGGAGACUGAAGAAACUAUAUUAUAGUGGCCUUUGCUGAGAUCCUUACAAAGGUUAGGAAUGUCAUAGUUCCUCAACUCAAAAUGCAACUCUGUGAUUGUUCUAUCCUAGCCUGUACACAUCCCCACCCCAGUGUUUGUGCCAUAAGCUUUUUCAAUGCUGAGUUCCCUGGCCUCUCCCCCUUUUGGUUUAAAAUCAAUGUCUGCUUUUAUUGCCUUCCUGAAACCUAUACUUAUCUCUCUGUAUGCUUACUUGUUCAUAUUUGACCAAUGGACACAAUGGCCUGGUUGUAUUAACUAAAAUGCAGUCAUGGGAGAAUAUGGAUGAUGAACUGAACAAACUGGAGAAAUGUCCUUUCCUCUAUGUCAAAUGGCUUUCCUUGCUUUUAAUGCUUGCCAGCGUUUGGUCAUCCAAUUUGUACUUACUGUUUUGUCAGAGCAAGAUGUCCCCCUCAGGGCCUUGAACCUUAUCACAAGUCUAGUUCCUUCCUCUCAACAGAAAAUGAUCUUGUUCGUCUCGUUAGUUGCCUUCCUGCGUUUUUUUUAUUUGUAUUUUUCUAAUUAUGUUAAACACUAGUAUUAAUUAGCAUAUUCAUUUUCAAAAUAACAGUGUUGGUGGGAUGUCUGAAGGGUUAAGACAUGGGGGAAAUAAGGGGGUUUGUGGUCAAACGUUUUACAUUUUUAUCUUUUGUUCAAUACUUUUAAGGGAUAUAUGUUUAGGUAUGUGUGUGCAUAAAAUUGAGUUUGUGUGUGUGUGGGUGGGUGGGUUAGUGGUUUCUUGUGAGGUUGACCCUUUGGUUAUAUUGGUCACACCUCUGUGUUAGCCGGCAGAUCCAACCCGCUUGCUUACAGCUGCACUAGGACCUGAUAGCAUACAUUUGUAUAUUAAGACAUUGUGGAGCCGGGGGCACGAUAUGGCUAGGAAAACAUGCCUCAAUCCAGGAAAGAGAAAUGUUUUGGUACUGCAAAUUGUCCCAUUAUCCUAAGAAGAUGUUCAAUCUUCUUGGUGUAACAGUAGGGAUAAUGGGACAAUUCGGAGUAGAACUCAUUUCUCAUCCCUGCAUUGAGGUACGUAUUCCGAGCCAUAUCUCCCACCGGCGCCGCGUUGUCCUAAUUUACAGAGGAAUGCUGUCCGACCCUAGUGCAGCUGUAAACAAGCGGAUCGGACCUGCCGGCUAACCUCUGUGUAUUUACUAUAUCAUAUCUGUAAGAAUUACCUGUAUAAUAUCAAGACAAUGAGUACACAUUAAUACAAAAAAUAAAACAUGAAUAUAAAAAACUUUA